AAAACUGACUAAAAAUUCAGUAUCUCAGCAACAAAGCACCAUGGGGAUGAACCAGCUUAGGGUAUUUCACUACUCACUGAGAUCUACAAGAUACAAGUAGUCCGAGUUCAAAAGCGAUUUAUAACCUCAAGAGGUUCCCUCGUGAGACGUCUGCUCUUUAAAAAAAAAUUAGUUCUAAACUGAAAUAAAAGUUUAAUAUACUAAUGAAAUUUAAAGAACAUGGAUGAAAUUUCUUUUCUAACGAAACAUUUAUCUUUGGCUGUAAGCUGGAGUAUAUGAAUGUUUUUUUUGGAAUUUCGAUUAACAUAGACCGUUUGUUAAUAUUCGAAGUUUGAUGCUUUAACACAACUCGUUCCGAACCUUUUGUUUUAAUCUUGUUUAUUGAUGUACGAGAAAAUCCAAAAAAUACAAGCCACAAAAGCGGCUCGAGGAUCCAUAUAUAUGUGGUCACCGUGAGAAAAAGAAAACAAUCACUUGACUGUUACAGAUUUGCUAACCCGUACUAAAUAGUACAAGAGAAAAAAUGAGAGAAGAAGCGAGAAAAAGAACCUUUUUAAGAGGUUGUGUCCUCCAGGAGGGUGAUCAAAUUUAUCUUAAAAAUAGCGGGUUUUUGGUAUAAAACUGUUACUCCCUCUUCUUCGAAUAGACUGAGAGAGUUCUACAAAAACAUACUCUCUAGUUUGGUUUGUUCUAUCUAUGUUAAAAAUAUUGACUUCAUCGGAUGAGUCGAUCUAAUUGAAAUGGGGUAGAAAGCUAUUUCAUCACAAUCAAAACUUUUUGAUUUUUCAGACAAGUAUACUAUAUACAAGCGUUCGAAUUUUGUCAGGAUAAAUAUCCGAUAAUUUUUCUUCCUACAAUCGUGAGUGUCAACAUCUGUCAAGCUGAAAAUACAUUUUCUAUUCAAUUUUAUCUAGUAUUUAAAUCAACUCCGUAGAAAGGAUGAGUAAAUAUCAAGUUAAAGGUGUUAGUAUCACCGGCGUUACGGUAGACUACAUAUCAACAUUUUGUUCAAAACAUGCAUUUCUAAUAAAAAUUCAUAAUUCAAAUUUUCUGAAAACCAAAAUAAAUUCAGAAAGAACAGCUCACAAUGCAUUAUCUGGCUAAUUUUCGAAGCGUCUAAACUAACUCUCGACAGCAAAUUUUUUUUGUUAUUGAAUUAUUGAGCUGUCCUAUUUUAUCAGAACUCUCGCUCGUAGAGAAUGAUAGACUCGAUAUAUGGACGUGUUAAACUCGAAAUAUUUUUCCUUUUCUCUCCUUAUCUUUAAAAUAGCAACAACAUUCAUUACAUUGUUAGUUGUUCACGUUAGCUUUAUUACUCUGUGUAUUCAAAGUGUUCAAGUAAAUGACAUGAAAAACCAGAUGUAAUAAUGAUGAAUAAGAUUAUUCUUAUUUCUGUUUUAGAAGUUCUCUUCGUCAACGUAGUUUCGAUUCAUCUCAAUUGUUGUCCCAUGGAGUCGAUGAUUCUGAAGAUGUUCAAAAACCACACGAAAAAGUUUUUUGUUCAUCGUGGGUUUACGAUUACGAGAAAUAUGGUGUAACAUUAUCAACGGAAUUAAAUUUAGUUUGUUCAAAAGUUCAUAUACGAGCUUUAACUCAGACAUGUUAUUCUGGUGGUACAACUUGUUCAAUUAUCACCGGUCUCAUGUCGGAUAAAUGGGGUCGUCGUAAAACAAUUUAUAUUCUUAUUCUGUUGUUAGUAUUUAUUCUGAAUACUCAACAAAUUCUAAUGCACUCAACUUUACCUGAUUAUCAUAAAAUAAUUAUAUUUUGUGUAUGCCGAUUUAUUCAAGGUUUUUCUCAAACAUUUUACUCUGUGACUGUUGUAUUAUUGUCAGAAAUAACAGGUCCAAAACGACGAGUUUUAGCUGUGAAUACAAUAUCGUAUUUUUUUGCAUUGGGACAAUUACUAGUAGCAGGCAUUACAUAUUAUUUUAAAGAUUGGAAACUUACGUAUUGGGCAUUGACCGUUUAUGUACUGCCAUUUGUAACUUAUUAUUACUUAAUUCCUGAAUCACCUCGUUGGUUACUUCAACAAAAUCAAUUGAGAAAAUGUCGUAAAAUUUUACAACGAAUAUUUUAUGUUAAUCGUCGUCCAAUAAGAAAUCGUUCAGAAAUAUUUUAUAAUAAUUUACCAAUGGAGGCAAUGAAAGCGAAGCAAUCAAAACAAAAUCCCGGUUAUAUUCGAGUAUUGAAACGACUAAUCAAAUCAAAAAAAAUGAGGAAGAGAUGUUGCCUAUUAAUUUAUAUUUGGACAGUAGCCAUUUGUGUUUAUCUAGGUGUUACUGGUGAUAUUCCUGGUCUGACAGAUAAACCGCAUAUUUUGUUUGCUAUUGGUGCGGCAUGCGAAAUUGUUGGUUUAAUUUUUUGCCAUUUAUUAUCGAAUCGUUUUGGACGUCGUCGUUUAUUAAUAUUCUUUUUCAUCGUUACGGGUGCAGCAGUCGGUUUGAUACCAAUAACAUACAUUCAACAAAAACAACUUGGCAUUGUGUUUGCUCUACUAUCAAAAUUGGCUAUAUCCUGUUCACAAUUGUUAAUAUACGUUUAUACAACAGAAACUUAUCCGACCGCUCUCCGUUCAACGGGUGUAGGUUUAUCAGCGUCAUGUUCAUUGUGGAUUCCUCAGGUUAGUUCAACUCAACAAUCGAUAUGGUUUCCAUUGCCUUACAUCGUCUACUCAUUGACAUCGUUUAUUGCUGCUCUGUGUGCUACGCAGUUACCAGAAUCAAAUUCAAAUAGAAAAUUACCCGAAACAAUUAAGGAGAUUGAAAAGCAACACAAGCAAAUAUCAACAAAUGUCGAAACAUCACCGUUGCCGCAUUUAUAUAAUAGACGACCAUCCUCAUUACUUGUUCGACAAUUGAGUGUUCCGUCAACAGUGCAGUUCAAUUAUUCUACACCGACGCAAGUUAAUCGUCGCUAUACAACUGGUAGGCUUGUGAAUUACUUUCAGCGAAAACGUAUAUCUAAAACUGAAGAUAACAAAAACAAGAGCAAUGAGCCUCCAGCAGUUCCAGUUGUUGGAGUUUCUCAAACUCGCCGUACUAGUCUCGGUACAACGUUGAACACUUUGCAACCCCCUACAGCUAAUCGAGAAAGCUUUUUCGGCGCAUUAGCAACAAUUCGAGACAUUAACGAGGAAGACGACGACGAUGAACAAGAGUCCACUCCACCAACACCGACGAAAGUCGUUUAUACGUUAGGUAGUGGUGAGUUAGAAGAAACAACAACAGAAGAUACGUCUAAUUCAGAAUCUGAGGAUACAGAUAAAGAUAGUAAACUAUCAAAAAUGUUAUCGAGCCGUUCAUCAUCGAUUCUCAGUAAAAUUGGCUCCUUUGGACAAUUAUUAAAACGACGUAAUAGUUCAAUGUCCGGAAUUUUUUUCAAUGCUGAACCAGCACAACCAUCGCCAAAAGUUUCCGAUCACGAACAAGAACAUGAAGAAGUUGAAGAAAAAGUAAUAGUAUCUGAACAAUAA